UGGGGCGUUGUUUUCCUAGUAGAACCAUGAAAUAUAGCUAUAUAGGUUAUUAUUGUUCAUGUCGGCUAUCUACUACAUUUCCCGUGAUUCCACACGCCGGAACCGGAAGCAGAAGGCGGAAGUAUGCGAAGAGUGAGUCGGCGACCCUGCGAGGAUGGCCCACUGCUGGAGGAGCAGGAGACGGAGGGCCAGCGGCAGCUGCACAGCCUCCUGCUGCAGCAGCUCCACACUGACGUUGACAUCGACCGAUGUGUUGCCAAGAAGCAGUGUUUCGCUCCGGCGGCGCUUUAUCGUCCGUUUGGGGAGCAGGCGGCUGGAGUGAGAAGCCUCUCCCAGUUCCAGGCCCUGCAGGACGGGGAGAAGAAGCUGGCCAGCUUGCGGGAGCUGGGCCUAACCGACACUGAGAUCCAACUGUGGCAGAGCAGAGACGCAUCGGAGGUAGCAGAGAAGUCCCACGGCGUGUACGCCACUCCAGGUGCGAAGCAGCAGCGGCUGCAGGUGAUCAGAGACAAGAUUGAAGCCAGGGCAGAGCUCCUGAACCGCCCACAGCGAUUCUCCGCCAGCCGGCCACUGUCACGGCGGGAAAUGGAGAUCGAACGAGCGCUUUUCCAGGGAAAUGACCGCCUGGGUUUUCUUACUGCGCUUUAUCAUAGAGAUGAAGAUAACCAGGAGGGCCAGCAGAGGGAGUCAUCUGAUCCGAUGGACUCUCUCUAUAGAGACGUUCUCCUAAAAGACAGACAACAAGCUUCACUACAGGACUCCCAGAGAGAAACAAGUGGAGUACCACACCUGCCUACACACAGAACUGUAUCUGACCAAUUACAGGACUCACAAGGAGACAACAACCAUUCAAAAGAAGACCUUCACUCUGAACCGCCGGGUGAAAAAAGUACCCUGCCGGUGCAACCAGCGUCGAGUUCAGACACCUCAGAGCAGCAGCCCGCUCAGGACAGACCAUGUAAACCACCGGCGUCUGCUCCAACAAAGAUACAUUUAAGCCAGCCAAUCAGCAGUCUGUGUGGGACAGUGACGGCGAGGUCAGGGGGACCGCUGACUGUCAGAGGGGAGAUUGAGAGAAUCUCAGAUGAAGAAAUCGUGAAGAACCGUGAAUCUGAAGAAGGGAUCCGAAGCAUCCAGAGGUUCCGAAACUACCAGCCGGGACAACCUUCUAAGGUGCUGUGUGUAAAGAACCUGAGCGCACAGGCAUCAGUGUCCCAGCUGGUGGCGCUGUUCUCCAGGUUCGAGCAGGAGAAGGGGCCUCCGGUCAUUUACCGCCUGCUGACUGGCAGGAUGAAGGGUCAGGCCUUCAUCACUCUGCAAGAUGCUGAAACAGCACAGAAAGCCUUGCAGUUGGUCCAUGCAUACCGGUUACUAGGGAAACCUUUGGUGGUCGAGUUUGGCCGUCAGCGACAGGAAGAGGAGAAACAGAAGGAGACGGAAGUGCAAGAGGAGAAGAAAUAAAAACAAGCAACAUGGAUCCUAUUGAAUAACAGACUGAGAUGGAUGUGUUUGUGUGUUAUUUAUUUUUUUCUGGAUUAACAAGUGGUCUUCUUUGCCAGUUUCAUAUUAUUAAAAUGCCUGGUUUUUGGUGUUGCAGUAGCUUGUUCUUCUUAAUUGUCAUCCUGAUUAAACAAUAAUGAUGUAAGCAAACACAAAGAAAUGCUGCCAAAAAUGAAAUAAUGCAAGCGUGAUCAUAUUAAUUACAUAAUCAAUAAAUACAGGCGUGUACUGUACUUACAGCAUGCGAUAUCAUGAAUAAAUGUGCUCUGAUUUA